UUCGCUCUUCUAUUCGGAUACCAAGCCCAGUCCAGUCAGUGCCUCCGCCAUUGCGUCCGCGGGCCGCCGCGUUUCCCGCGUAACCGAACCACAGACAACAUAGUGUUUCCCGAAUAUUCCCGCGCUAAGAAGAUGAGGUGUUUUUUCCUACUAUUGGCGCUGGCCUUCGUCAGUGGAGAGGAGACCUGUCUCUCAGUGCAGGACGACCCUUACUUCCUGUUCGGCACGAAGACUGCUUACAUCUUCGCUAACAAGGACAUCCCUACUGCAAGAACCCAUGAUAUACCUGGUUGCCAACCGGUCGCCUUCUGGCUCCUGAACCGUCAUGGCUCCCACAAACCUGAAGCGGACGAAGUAGUGGAGCUUCAGAAACUUGGCGACCUCAAGAACAAUAUUGUGACUAACUACAGGAAUGGCAACUUUAGGAACACUAAUCAACGUAUGUGCUCGUCAGAUCUCAACUUACUGGAACAAUGGCAAUGGGAUAACCGCCAUAACCUGACCUUUGCUGGAGACCUGACAUCUGACGGGUACAUGACCACACAGCAGUUCGCACAAGCCUGGAAGCAAAGGUUCCCUGGACUUAUAACAUCCAACAGCCAAAACUAUCUGUUCAAGUUUGUGAAUGAUCAGCGAUCAAGCAACACUUUCAAGUCUUUCACCGAAGGUCUUUUCGGAGACCAAGCAGAGAGCCUCGAUAUACCCAAGGAAAAUGAUGAAAAAUUGCUUAAGCCCUUCAAGUUCUGCCCAGCGUGGGCCAAGAGCGUCGGAGAAAACAAUGAUACGAUGUCACAGCUCAACAUCUUCGAAUCCAAGAUGGAGUUCAAAGAGAUGAUCAGCAACAUCUCCCUUCGCCUGGGCUUCAACUACGACAUUCAGAAGGAGAUUAUUUUCCGUAUCUACGAGAUGUGUCGGUACAACAAGGCGUGGGAUGUUAGCAAGAUAUCGCCCUGGUGUGCUGCUUUCACCCGAGAAGAUCUUAAGCGCCUGGAGUACGCAGAAGACUUGGAAACCUACUACAAAUAUGGCUACGGAUCUCCAAUGAACAAAGACAUUGGUUGCACCUUCGUCAAGGAUAUGAUGACCUUCUUCGAGAAACAUGUUGGCAACAACGACCAGCCUUCAAACCCUCGCGCGAUGAUCCAUCUAACGGAGGCAGCCAUGUUGCUGAUGACGCUCACGGCAAUGGGAGCCCAUCAAGACACCGCCCCCCUCACUGGAGACAACUAUCACUCCGCUGUGGUGCAGUCCAGGAAAUGGACGACUUCUACCAUGUCACCGUUCAAUGCUAACUUAGCUGCAGUGCUCUACAAAUGCACUCAAAACGGAAACUUCCAAGUGAACGAAGAAUAUCAGGUACUAUUCCUUGAGAAUGAGCGACCAAUGAACUUGCCUGGCUGUAGGGUCGGGCUCUGCGAUUGGUCGCUUGUCAAGAGCCGUUACGGAGACCUCACGAAGAACUGCGACCUCAAAUUUUGUAACUCCGGUAACACAUUGAAUGGUCUAACUGGCAUCAGUAUUGCAAUCCUUGGUUUUAUAGUCAGCUAUGUCAUCAGGAUAUAAAAAGUAUUAAAGUGAAAAUAGGUCAAAUAUGUUUUCCAUUUUGUUGCAAUUCUUCGUUAUUCCGCCA